AUGCUUUUGUCCCAGAUGAUCGACCACCCAAUUUUCUAUUUUCCAUGGGCGAUUUGGGCAACAGAUCUUGGUGUUGCAUCAUGGCGUGCAGAAGCACUUGGUGAAUUAGAAGUUGUCCCGAUAGAUUCUUUAUCCGGCCAUUUUGUUCUUGCUCCGAUCCAGGCAAUGCAACACGAAGUCAUCUUUGACUUCUGGAUUACAAUUGCAUAUGACUAUAGCAACCCAGAGGCUGACAUCGAGAUUGACAUUGACAACGAUUGA